UGCGACGAAAGCAAAAAACCUUGAACUUCUCUCAAUUUCUGUGUUUUCGGUUUUUGUUGUUUGAUGGUGGUGGCUUGCCUGCAUCUUUUUUUUGUUUCGGCUCUAGAAAAAUUGUUACAAAAAAAUAUUGCAAAAUUAAUUCAAUCGCAGAAUAAUCCAAAAAAAAUCUUUAAAAAUGCCAAAGGCAAAUAAAGUGAAUGUUAAGGAAAAAGUCGAGGACAAUGUGUGCGAUUUAAGUUUGUCCGAAUUGAGGGAGAUUCCGGUUAAAGAAAUCGCUUCCUUUAAGCGAGUGAAUGUAUUGGAUUUAUCUAGUAAUCGUCUGAUGUCUUUGGGUAAAAACAUUGGCACCCUUACACGUUUGGUUAAGUUAGAUUUGAGUAAAAAUCAAAUUAAGUUCUUACCCGAGGAUUUUGGACUCUUAAGAAAUCUUAGACAUCUGGAUUUGUACAACAAUCAAUUGGAACACUUGCCUCUAAGCUUUGGAGAUUUAACAAAUUUAAGAUAUUUAGAUCUUAAAGGCAAUCCCCUGACACCGGCUUUAGCGAAAAUAGUGGGCAUUUGUACAACCACAAAGGAUUGCCAGGAUUCGGCUAAAAGAACGGUUAAAUUUAUGUCCGCCAUGCAAGUAGAGGCUAUAAAAGCAAAAGAACAAUAUAAACAAGAAAUUCUACAAAAUCAAAAUACACGCUCUGCCCAAGAAGAAAUCGAAAAUUCCGACAAGUACCCUGAAUUGCAGCAAAAAUCAAAGAAAACUAAAAAAUCAAAAUCCAAAAAGAAAUCCAGCAAUAGUCCAGAGUCUGCAGCCAAUACAGUGGCUCUGUCCGUCGACGACAAUAUAACCAUAGCAAAGGCCAGUAAAAAUAAAAAGUCUGCCAACGGUGCGUUAAAGUCUUCAACAAAGUCUCAACCUUCCUCAACCGCUUUGACAUCGUUGAUAAUCUUUUUGCUGAUGGUGGCAUUUAAUGUGGUACUCAUUUACAUGAUCAUGUUUAAAAAUCCAGAAAUUGCCGAAAAAAUUGUAGAAUCGAUACCACAUCAAUAUCGCGAUUGGAUUUUAACAAAAACUGAAAUCUUUCGUUUGCACGUAACCGAUUGGAUUUCAGAAUUUCGCACACCACCCGAGGAACACUGACGGUUUAUCUAUUUGAAGCCAUAAGUGAAUGAGGGUAGUAGAGAUUGAUCGAGUUUAAAUGACAUACGCAAAAUUUUAAACUUUGGUUGAUAAUGGCUUCAAAUAGAGAGAAAUUUACAUUUGGAUAUUUAACAAAUUAACAACUAAUUUUGUAAUUUUGACAACAUAAAUGAGAGCUACAUUUUGUUUCAUAACACUAUGUAUAAUUACACAUGUAUUUAACCAAAGAAAUUUAGAGAUUUCAAAAUUUUAUAAAUAUUUAGAACAUAAAAUUCGUAUACUGCCAUUUAUAUACAUAAAUAAUAAUGUCUAACUAACGAUCUAUGUUUAUUUAAUCUGAACUAACAUCAUCAUCAUCAUUAUCAUAAUUUUUUAUUCAUUAUCACAUACUUUAUAGAAGUAAUUCAUUAUUACAUUAAACGUCCAUGUCCAAAAAACAACAUCAACAAAAAGUUAACAAAACCAUUCUACAUUUAUUAGACAAAAUAACAUAUUUAUAUACAAACAAUACAUACACGUUUAAAUGUUCUUUGUUUUUCAAUAUAAAUGUUUAAUUUAUUUUAUUUCUUUAUAAUUUAUUUAGCUUUUUUUUCCUACAAUAGCCAGAUAAACAGUAAAACACAGUAACGAUUCAAUGUUCCAUACAAUUACAAGCUAAAUACUUACUAAAUAGAAAUGAAAACAAAAUAAUCAACUCUACCUUUUAAUUGAAAUAUGAAAGAAAUACAAACAAAUUCAAUAUUUUUUCAAUAUUUUACACAAUUUACAAUCAAGUGUUAUACUUAAAGUAUAACACUUUACAACAAACUAUACUAAAUACUUACACUAUAUUAUAUUAUUAACUAACAAUAAAACAAACUCAACUCAAUAAAUCCAAAAGCAAUAGUUGAUCGAAAUAAACAAACGAAAUAAUUAAUAAAUUAAUCAAUUUACUCACAGAGUUUUUAGUUGUUAAAUUUUACUUAAAAUCCAACUCGCUGUUAAAUUACUUUACAUUAAUAUUUUAUUUGUUUAAUACCUACUCCUAUUGUUUUCAACUCCUUAACUCAGUAUCGUAGUUUUGUUUUUUAUUUUUUUCUUUAGCUGUAAGAAAUUCUUUAAGAAUUUUUUGUGGUGUGUUAACUUUAGUUGAUUUACAAUAUUUUCUUACAUAAAUAAUACAAUACUUUCAGCAUUUUAUUUCUUAUUUGGUAGUUCUUAAUUACAAAAAGACAUUGAAAAUAUAUAUAUUUUAUGUACUUUUUUAUCAAUUAUUAUCUUUAUCUUAAUUAAAAACAAACAUUUAAGCAAAUAUCUUUUAUAAAUUUUUAUCAUACAUCUAAGUUUAAAAUUAAAUCUAUCAUUUCAUACACAUACACAUUUUUUUCAACUUGAUCUAUAAGUAUAUGACUAAAUAAAGUUUUUUUUGAAGUAAAA